UCUUAUGAAAUAGGGACCAAAAUACCCAAUGUCCCAUUAUAAUUCCUACCGAAAUCCAAGUCGCGAGCAUGUAUCAUAUCAUUCAUUCGUUCUUCAUGAUGACAUUAACACUCUGUUUAAGCUCAACUCUCUCAUCGACUUCAAUUUCUCCUCCAUUACCUUCGAAUCUAAAAACCCCGAUUUCUCAUUCCAACAAUUCGCAGGUCUUGAUUUCCAGGAGAUACACCUCAUUUUUGCUCUCAAUCUCCCCUUUUCUUCUCUCAUUACCACCCCCUGCAUUCGCAUUCAACAUCGGCAUAUCAGGACCCAAAGAUUGGCUGAGAGAGCAGAAGAAGAAGUCGAUCAAGUAUCUGUUAGCCCCAAUUGACGCCUCCCAACAAAUUCUUCGUCAUGUCUAUCAACUUCUCUUGGCAGAGGAUAAUGUUUUGAAUCCCAAGGAUUUAGAGGAAAUUCAAGAGUUGCUGAAAUCUGCUGGUAGGGAUUGUGUUCUUGAGGAUAGGAACUCCAUUGUUGCAUUUCAAGCUAAAACUGGUGUCGAGGUUUGCACAUUCAAAUUAAUCGUGACUAAUGCAUCUUCAUUGCUUGAUGAUGGUGACUCCGCUAAAUUGGAAGCUGAAGCCAGGCUAAGCAAUCUUAUAAGAUCAUUCACUCUUCUUAAUGGUGUGGUCAAGGAAGCCAAUCUUCAACUUGCCUCACAGAGACAAAAGAUUGCAGAUGCUGUAAUGGAUUCAUUGUCGUCCCUCGACAAAUUUGAGCAAGGUAUCAAGGGAUGCAUCGAAGUAUGACUUCCAUUUGGAUUGCCACGGGUGAAAUUGUAUACAAGCUUAAAGGUUUCUGUAAAUUAGGGAGAUUCUAAAAUGGUAAAAUGAACAAAGUUCACAGUGAUGUGAGCUGAGAAGAAUCUGCUCUUUUCUCUCUUGUAUACAGAGCUGCAACAACAGCAAUCCCUAGACGUACUUUACAGGAAAUACACAUGUACAAAAGAGUGAGGUCACGUGAUAAGUUUGGCAUCACAGAAAAGACAAAAAUAGCUAGAAAAUAGAAUAAAAGGGGGGAGGAUAAUCCCUUAGGCCUGAAUAAUGAGCUGUGAAUGUAGGUGAAAACUUCCAUUUUUUCACAGCCUCCCCUCACGCUGGAGUAUGUGAACAACUCCAAGCUUGGAACCAAGAAAAUAGUGCUGAGAAGAGGGGAGUAUCUUGGUAACCACAUCAGCUAGUUGUAGCUCACUGGGAACAUGUUUGUGUCAAAAAUCCAGAUUGUAUUGUAUUGUCUCACAUAAUGGCAGUCUCUAGGCAGAUGUUCGGUUCUCUCAUGGAACACAAGGUUGUGAGCAAUGUGCUCAGCAGCCUUGUUGUCGCAGAAGAGAGUAAUAGGCUUAGGUAUAUUUAUGUGGAGUGGUACUACAUGAUAAGCUCCUAUAUUAAGCUUCAGCGGAGGGACUUGUUGACUGUCUUCUGCUUCUUGGUCUUCUAAGAAAUCAGGUUAUUGCCCAGGAAAAUGCAAUAAGCACUUAGUGACUUCCAACUAGAGACGCACGAGCUGAAAUCAGCAUCACUGUAUCCACUAACAAUAUGUGUAGAGUCAGAAUUAAUCCAUAAUGAGAAGUUCUCUGGAGAUAUUUGAUAAGGUGAUGAGCAGCUUGGAUGUGUGAGGCUUCCUGGGGUUGCUCAUGAACUGGCUUAAAUGUUGCAGUGAAUAUAUGAAAUGUCUGGUCCUGUAAUCCUUCUGUAAAUAGUUGGAUUCUCCAACACUUCCCCUCAGUUGAAAGUUUUAGACUAAGUGGUAGAGGGGUGUAAGUGUAACCACAUGUUUGCAAUCUUGUAGAUAUGAGUCUUUUAUGAGGUCUUUCACAUACUUGUGCUGA